UCCAGUUCAAUCCACAGGCUUGGUGAGAAUGGCUCCGUUCGGUGAGCACUCCAUGGCAGAUUUACAAGCGGAAGAUAAAAAGGAGGAUGAAGAUGAACAAAACAUAUGGUCAUCCAUUCUGAAACAAGUUCAAGCUAGCCUACCAAAUAAGCUAACUCCUCACAAGCUGCUGCUUGUUCUUGGUGAUAAUGAAUCCGGAAAGACAACACUAAUAGCUAAACUACAGGGUAAUGAUGACCCAAAGAAAGGCUCUGGCUUGGAGUACCACUAUCUCUUUGUUCGUGAUGAGUACAGGGAUGACCACACACGUCUGGGUGUGUGGGUACUGGAUGGUGACCCGUGGCAUCGGAACCUGCUGAAAUAUGCUCUGAAUGAGGAAACCCUGGAAGACACCACAGUUGUUCUUACUGGAGCCAUGACUCAACCGUGGAAUCUCAUGGAAUCUUUGAAUAAUUGGGCCUCUGUUCUGGAAGAGCAUCUAGCACGUCUCAAGACUCCACAUGCACUCAUGGAGCGCCUUAGGGCACGAGCCUUGCAUCGGUACCAGGAUUAUAUCGAGCCUGGUGAUGAGAUUGAGGGAGUGGCUGCACCUCUAAGAAGAACCUCGGUUUCUGAUGACGAUCCCAGUUCCGGAGCCAUACCUCUUGGGGAAGACACCAUGACACAUAACUUGGGCUUAGAUGUUGUUGUUGUCAUUACCAAAACUGACUACAUGGGCACAUUAGAAAAGAAUUAUGACUUCAAGGAUGAACAUUUUGACUUCAUUCAGCAAGCUGUCAGAAAGUUCUGCUUAAGAUAUGGUGCAGCUUUGUUUUAUACAUCCGUGAAAGAAGACAAGAACUGUGAUCUGUUAUACAAGUACUUGGUGCAUAGAAUAUACGGCUUCCCAUUUAAAACACCUGCAUUGGUUGUUGAAAAGGAUGCAGUCUUUGUUCCAUCUGGAUGGGACAAUGACAAGAAGAUAGCAAUUCUGUAUGAAAACAUCACAUCUGCAAGUCCUGAUGACCCUUAUUCUGAGGUCAUAACAAAGCCAAUGAUAAGGAAGCCACUACAAAGAGAGCCUGAGGUCUCAUCAGAAGAAGACCAGGUAUUCCUAGGAAAGCUGCAGGGAUUGCUCAACCAGCAAGUGCCACCCCCAGGACGAGGGCAAGAGACGCCAAUACGUGCUCCCGUAGGUGUUCAAAAAUCUGCAGAUCGAAGAUUGUCUGGAGUCCACGUGGCUCAAGGGUCACCAAAGAAGUGUGGAUUUCUGGAAGAUACCGAAUUUGCAAAGCUGUCUCAGGUUGAUGGUGCUAAAGGAGCAGGUGGAAAUGAAGGCGUAUUGCAGAACUUCUUCAACAGCCUUCUCAAUAGGAAGACUGGACCAGGGAGUGCAGGAGGCACUACAAGCAUCAGGACAGAUAAAGCUCUUGUGCGCAGUGAUGCUGCAGCUGAGCUAGAGCGCAUGACACGUUCCAUAGGGAAGAACAGGACCUCUCCAGGUCCGACGUCUGUACCUCCGCCUCCAUCGUCCAUUGACGACAGCACAAGUGGCAACAGCUCUGCGUUUAGUACAUGAUACCAUGUACUCUUUUAUAGCAUGAAUAGAAAACAGUUUCUGAUUGUGAAGAUGAUGUGCCUGUGCUGAGGGGUUGCGUACGACACCUAUCUCUAUAUUCCAAGUUAACGACAAAGUAAUAGCGUUUCAUUUUUGGCUUGUGCUUCUGUAGUGUGCGUUUCUCACAAGCAUAUUUAAUUUGACUGUCGUCUUUGCGGAGGGUGCAAUACUGCUUGGUGAUUUUUACACCAUAUGGGUGCAUGAAGUCUUGCAAAACUGCUGGAGUUUUUAUGAAAUCUUUCACACCAGUAUUGUAACAUGGAAGAGGGGCAUACUAGAUUAAGUUAUAUGUAUGCAUGUGUGUAAAGCACUGGACAAAAGUUUACGGAACACUCUCUGGCGCAUUCCUUCCUCAGAGUGACGAGCUAGCAGCGAAUGGUACCAUACGGACUUGCAAACAGGUGACUGGGUUACCUAGGCACAUGCCUGUAAGUCCAUACGGUCCCUUUCACUGCUAGCGUGUCACUCUGAGGAAGGAAUGCGCUGGAGCGUGUUCCGUAAACUUUUGUCCAGCACUGUACAUGAUGUGCAUAUGUUACGUGUGUAUUUAUCUAAUGAAUGCACUUGCUGGGAUGCUUCUCCAAUCCAGAGCAGUCUAAACAUAGUCAUGUGGUAAAUUAUGUACAUACCUUGAGUUGCCACUAGAAAUUUAUGCAUGGUCUGUAAUAAAGCUUGGCUUUUGAUUACA